UUAUUUGAUCGAAUCGUUUUCUUCUCUCUCCAUUCUGCGGAAACAGUAUCAAAAUUACCUCUGAGAGAGGGAAACCAGGCCCCGAGAACACGUAAUAACUGAACAAGAAACCGAUCUCCACGCUCAGUACGACACCGUCUACUUGGAAUGGGAACGCUUCAAACUUGGCGAAAGGCCUAUGGUGCUCUGAAAGACUCCACCAAAGUCGGUCUCGCUCAUGUCAACAGCGACUAUGCGGAUAUGGAUGUGGCCAUAGUCAAAGCUACCAACCACGUCGAGUGUCCACCCAAAGAGAGACACCUUAGGAAAAUCUUGGUUGCCACGUCAGCAAUUCGGCCUCGAGCAGAUGUUGCUUAUUGCAUUCAUGCGCUUGCUCGUCGAUUGGCCAAGACGCGUAAUUGGACGGUUGCAUUAAAGACACUGAUAGUCGUCCAUAGAACUUUGAGGGAGGGUGAUCCUACUUUCCGAGAAGAGCUGCUGAAUUUCCAACAGAGAGGACGCAUUCUCCAACUUUCUAAUUUCAAAGAUGAUUCGAGUCCAAUUGCCUGGGAUUGCUCUGCAUGGGUACGUACAUAUGCACUUUUUUUGGAGGAACGACUUGAAUGUUUCAGGGUUCUAAAGUAUGACAUCGAAGCUGAACGUCUUCCAAAACCUGCCCAAGGGGAGGAUAAGGGUUACAGCAGAACCAGAGACUUGGACAGUGAAGCACUGUUGGAACAGUUGCCUGCUUUGCAGCAAUUGUUGCAUCGUCUUGUUGGUUGCCUGCCAGAAGGUUCAGCACUUCAUAAUUAUGUUAUACAGUAUGCUCUUGCUCUGGUAUUGAAAGAGAGCUUUAAAAUUUAUUGUGCUAUUAAUGAUGGAAUCAUCAAUCUUGUUGAUAAGUUUUUUGAGAUGCCAAGACAUGAAGCUAUCAAAGCCCUUGAUAUCUACAAACGAGCUGGCCAGCAGGCUGGGAGUCUUUCUAGUUUCUACGAAAUUUGCAGAGGAUUGGAACUUGCUAGGAAUUUCCAGUUUCCUAUUCUGAGAGAGCCACCACAGUCUUUUCUCACAACAAUGGAAGAGUAUAUAAGGGAGGCACCCCGGGUGGUUACUGUUCCUAGUGAGCCAUUGCUACUAACAUACAGACCUGAUGAAGGUCCUUCAGAAGAUGCAAAUAUUCCUAGUGAUGAACCUGUGCCUCAACCUGUGGAUGAAGUCGCUGUCUCUAGUAUGGAGGUUACACCUCCUACUCCAUCUCCUCCUCCUCCACAGAACAACAAUGAUUCUGCAGAUCUGCUGGGAUUGAGCUUUGCCGCACCUGACGCAUCAGCAAUUGAGGACAGUAAUGCCUUGGCUCUGGCCAUAGUGCCAUCCGAACUUGGUGCUAGUACUCCAACGUUCAAUUCACAGUCGGGUCAACCAAAAGAUUUCGAUCCUACUGGAUGGGAGCUUGCCCUGGUCACCACACCAAGUACCGACAUAUCUGCAGCUAAUGACAGAAAAUUGGCUGGUGGACUGGACUCCCUGACGCUGAACAGUUUGUACGAUGAAGCGGCAUAUAGAGCGCAACAGCCUGUUUAUGGAGCGCCAGCUCCAAAUCCAUUUGAGGUGCAAGAUCCAUUUUCCAUGUCGAACACAAUUGCUCCCCCUCCUUCAGUUCAAAUGGCAGCAAUGUCUCAGCCACAGACCAAUCCCUUUGGACCAUAUCAACCAACCUUCCAGCCUCAUUUGCAGCCAUUGCCGCAGAUGCAGCCACAGCAACAUAUGAUGAUGACCCCAUCAAACCCAUUCGGUGACACCAGUUUUGGGACACUUCCUAUGAAUCCUGCAGCUCAUCCGCAAACAACCAAUCCUUUUGGCACACCAGGUCUUUUGUAAUGACACGCAUUGAAGCUUCUGAAAUGUGUAGUAAUUUUUCUCGGGUGCAGUUGGUUUUGGCAUUUUUUGUUCCAAAAAAUUGGUACAUUGGGGCCUGAGUUGAUGGCUUGUCUGGGUUGUCUGAGUGGAUAGUAAAAGAUGUAAUAAUAAUUAGUUGAUAUAUAUUUUUUGUCCAUCUUCCGCACUGAAAUAAAUAUUUUUUGUCCA